GCAGCGGCCCUUCCCGGCGCGCCUUGUUUGCCCGGAGCACUCGCAACCCCCCCUCCCGCCGCUGCUUUGCCUUCUGCCCGCUUCCGCCUCCUCCUCCUCCUCCUCCUCCUGGAGCCGCUGGGCUGCUGACUCAGCCGGAGGGAAAACUUAAAGGGCGCUCCGCCGCCCGGCCUGCCCGCCUCCCCGGGGAUGUUGCCCGGGGGGCCGCUCUGCUCACAUCUCUUGCCCGGAGCCCUCUGGCUCUGAAGGGGGCGCGCGGAAGGGCGGCGGAAGACUUUUCCCGCCAGCGCCGGGAACAAAGCGGAGCGAAGUUCCCCUCCGGUUUCCUCCUCCUCCGCCAGGAGCCCGAGUCACCAUGACAGCCAUAGCAGCGCAGACCCAGUGGUUACUUACUCGUAGAAGACCAAAGAAAUCAUUCUUUGAGACCUUUAUCAGGAGCUUAAUUAUCCUCUGUGUUGCAAUUGCCAUUGUUCUGUUGUCCAUCGCAGUAUGUGAUGGCCAUUGGCUUUUUACAAAAGGAAAACUCUUUGGGCUCUGGCAUUUCUGUACCCUCGGAAGCAACAGCACCUUGAAAUGUACCACUGAUCUCGCUUUGACCAAUAUCAGAGGGAUGAGCACAGGAAUGAUCUUCAUAAGAAGCAUGUUGUCUUUUGCCGUUGUUGUUGCAAUCUUUGGCCUGGAACUUCUCAUGGUCUCUCAAGUCUGCGAAGAUAUCAACUCAAGGAGAAAAUGGUCCAUGGGCUCCAUCCUCAUUCUUGCCUCAUUUCUACUGUCAUCAGCUGGAAUGGUGAGCUUCUUAAUCCUUCUGAGGGACUACAUCACUAUCCUAAGUUUUACGUUAACCUAUUGGUGUGAAUUUAUUGCAACGUUCCUUUUCUUCCUUAAUGGAAUCAGUGGACUUCACCUUAACAACCUAACAUUGCCAUGGAGCAGAGUGAGAAAAAUUAAACAUGAUGAACAGCAGCUCAACCAAAUAUCCCGAGAAUAUAUUGCAGCUCAUUAACGUUCAAGAAAGGGGAAUUGUUUAUUAUAUAUAUAUAUAUAUAUAUAUAUAUAUAUAUAUAUAUAUAUAUGGCAUAAAAGAUUUCCAACAGCUUGCCAGUUUCUAGAGGAUGUCUCCAAAUUAAGUUGAUAAUGGAUGCUGAGUACUGGAAAUGGGAAAUUAUAACCUGUUGGGAUUUUAAAUAAUGCAUCUAGCUAUAGUAAUGGAAUAGCAAAGAUAUCUUGCUUAAUUUAAAACUCAGUUCCUAAGCCUCAACAUCCUUAGUCCAAUUACAGUCAUUAUCUUUUAAGUGUCUCACUGAAAUGAGUAAGACAACCAAUCACAUUAUUUUUAUUUGGGUUGGGGGUGGGGGCCAAAUUCUAUAGCCAAGUAGAAUAAGACAUGCUCUGUGAAUGGGCUUUGUUCAUACCCUGCAUUUUCAUGAUUGUGUUCUUCAUACGAGUAAUUUGGAUCACCAGAAAUAUUUGUACUAUGGAGGACAAAGGGCAGUACCAACUAGAACCUCACUUUCUAAUAAACACAAAUUCAGUAACUUGCCUUUUCACAUUAUCAUAUAUAAGCCACGAUUAAAAGUAGUGCUUUUAUCAUAUAUUCUCUGGCAAAUAUAUGAUAUUUAUAAGCCAUGCCAGCAGUAUAUGCAUUUUCUACCAAAGUAAGAUCCUUUAUUGCUGAGAAGCAACAUCUGUUAAAAAGAGGCCUGGGCUAUUACAAUUUAAUGAAUGACAGUGGAGACUUGGCCCCUCCUUGUGAGCUAGAAAUAAUUUUUCAUGGAGUUUGUAACACAAGAGUUUGUAACACAAAAUGCCCUGUUCAAUUUACUUCCUGCUUUUCAAAAUUACAGAAAAGUAAGUUUUUAAUCCUUGUUAAAAGUACAUUCUUAGCUAAGAAUAUAGGAUCAGACCAUUACUUGCACAUAUAUACUGGUAAAAGUGGAAGGAGGCUCCUAUACACCUUUUUUGACAUAUAGCUUGUAUGAUUUCAAGACUUCCCUAUGGUAUGAAUGAAAGACUUCCCUAUGAUAUGAAUGAAAUAAAUUGUAAAUCAGAUUUGGUGUACAUUUAGAGCAGGGGUUCUCAACCUUGGCAACUUUAAGACUUGUGGACUUCAACUGGCUGAGGAAUUCUGGGAGUUGAAGUCCACAAGUCUUAAAGUUGUCAAGGUUGAGAACCCCUGGUUUAGAGCCUUAGUUCUCUAUUGUUCAGUAACAACUUGUGUCCUCUGUAUAUGUAGUUUCACAAUAUUUUACUAUAACAAUAAUACAUUAAGUUCCAUAAACUCGUGUCAGUUAUUUUUAAAAUUAUAAAUGUUUGACUCCAUCCCUAUGAACUUUCUACUUCUAAAUAUCCCAUAUUAUCAGUCCAAAUUGUUGAUUAUUGUCAACAGCAACAAAAAUCAGCCUAAGAAAUGCACAGAUAUCAAAUUGUCUGUGAAAACACUGCACUGAACCAUCAUUUUUGAGAGAACCAGUGUUAUUUCAAUAAAGCUGCAUGCUUGAUUGAAUUCUAGGUUCUCUAAUUCUUAUUUAUAUUUGUGUUUUUACAGCUGGCUGUAAGAUUAUUUAGGAAUGCUCUAAUUAUUCUACGUUUUUCUCUAAAACCUUUGAAGAUUUUUCCAAGCCAUUUACUUGGAAAUAAAAAGCCAGUAUGUUGGCAGUCUAGACAAGCUUCUGCAAAUCUGGUGGGGUCAUAUUAAAUGCCUAACCCCAGCUAGUCUUGCAUAGACUGCUUUGGGCAAUGGGAGUUGUAGUGCAAUAUAUUAAAAAGGACCCCAAAUAGAAAGAGUGUACUUAAUAAUUAACUUGACAGGUUAUGAUAGGAACAGUAGAUUCACAAGCCAAGUUAAUAGUAUAUACUUUUAUAUGUUUACCAUGACCAAAAAAAGAUUGUCCUUUAGGAAGAUCUUGGCAUGUCAUUCAACUUGCAUUUUUAUUAUUACCUCUUAUGAACAGUUAGACUUUGCACAGUUGAAGAACAUGAUACAUUACUACUAUGAAGCAUCUCCAGAUCUUUCCCAGGGUGAGGGGUGACCUGCAAUUAGCAAAUCAUAUCUACCUGUAUUGUUUUGUAGUCUGUAUAAAUUAAAUUGUAUGAACCUGAAGAAAGAUACAUUUGCUUGAUUGGAUUUUCGAUGUUUUCACGUUGAGAAUAUUUUGUAAAAUCAAUAGUUUGUUUUUCCCAGUUUAGAGCACUAAUUCUCUAUUGUUGCUUGUCUAGAGGUCUAUUACCUUGCUGAUUUCAUUCAACAGUUUUCCCAAUUCUCUGGUGAAGAAAUUUGAAGUUGUCUUGAAAAAAAAAAAGUAAUGUGCUAAAGAACUGAACAUAAAUCUCUCUGGACCUUUCAAAAUGGUUGGCCUUCACUACAACAGAUGUGGAAUUCUUCCAGAUUUCUUGCAUGAUAUACUGCCAGUGUCUGUCUUUGGUGUUGUAUUGUUUAAUUUUUCUUGCACUGGUUAUUCCAUCCUUUGCCUGGAAUUUCAAUUCAUAUUCAGAAGGUGGAACACUCUCUUCUCAUGGGCUAAAUGAAUGACUAUCAUCUUUGCCUUUCAACAAUGAUGGUUCUGAUUAAAUUAGGCCUUUAAAACUAUCUAGCUGCAGUACAUUAGAGAUCAACUUUGAGCUAAAAGAAUUGUAAAUACUAUUUACUGUUGACUCUUUUUUUUUUUUUGUCCUAUUAAAGGCCAUUUGCCACUAAAUGCCAGAGAAUGUUUGUUUAGGUGCUCUUUAUCUUUAAUAAUUGUUUUACUAAGUAAGUUAUAACUUGUGGACUUUUCUAAACUCUUUUCUACAAACUAUAAAAGAAAAUCGGAAGAUAUCCAGGAUCAGAUUGUCAAAUGUUCAAUAAACUACUUUUUUAAAAUGGA